CUCGCUUUCGCGUUACCUUCUCGGCUGGAGUCCCUCCGGAGUGGGGCGAGCGAGAGAGCAUCAGCUCGGCCGCCCUUUUCUAUUUAUAAUUCUCGCCUCCUCCCACUACAAGAAUCGACCGCAGGACUUGCAAAGUCAAUCAGCUCGGCCCGGUGCGUGCGUGCUGCCUCUUUGUGAUCGAGUUUUGAGCGGAGCUGUUCUUUCGUCGCUGAUUGGUGUUGGUUGGGCGAGCGAGUUUGUGGAAUGGACGGCGCUCCGGUGGCCGAGUUCCGGCCGACCAUGACCCACGGCGGCCGGUUCCUCCUCUACAACAUAUUCGGGAACCAGUUCGAGAUCACCUCCAAGUACCAGCCGCCCAUCAUGCCCAUCGGCCGCGGCGCCUACGGGAUCGUCUGCUCGGUGAUGAACUUCGAAACGAGGGAGAUGGUGGCGAUAAAAAAGAUCGCCAACGCCUUCGACAACAACAUGGAUGCCAAGCGCACGCUCCGGGAGAUCAAGCUGCUCAGGCACCUCGACCACGAGAACAUCGUCGCCCUCAGGGACGUGAUCCCGCCGCCGAUCCCGCAGUCCUUCAACGACGUGUACAUCGCGCUGGAGCUCAUGGACACGGACCUCCACCACAUCAUCCGCUCCAACCAGGAGCUCUCCGAGGAGCACUGUCAGUAUUUCCUAUACCAGCUGCUGCGCGGGCUCAAGUACAUCCACUCGGCGAACGUGAUCCACCGCGACCUCAAGCCCAGCAACCUGCUCCUGAACGCCAACUGCGACCUCAAGAUCUGCGACUUCGGCCUGGCGCGCCCCUCGUCGGAGUCGGACAUGAUGACGGAGUACGUCGUCACGCGGUGGUACCGGGCGCCGGAGCUGCUGCUCAACUCCACCGACUACUCGGCGGCCAUCGACGUCUGGUCGGUGGGGUGCAUCUUCAUGGAGCUCAUCAACCGGGCGCCGCUCUUCCCGGGGAGGGACCACAUGCACCAGAUGCGGCUCAUCACCGAGGUCAUCGGCACCCCCACCGACGACGACCUGGGGUUCAUCCGCAACGAGGACGCCAGGAAGUACAUGAGGCACCUCCCGCAGUUCCCGCGCCGCCCCUUCGCCGACCAGUUCCCCAAGGUGCAGCCCGCCGCGCUCGACCUCAUCCAGCGGAUGCUCACCUUCAACCCGCUGCAGCGGAUCACAGUUGAGCAGGCCCUGGAGCACCCGUACCUGGAGCGGCUACACGACGUCGCCGACGAGCCCAUCUGCACAGACCCCUUCUCCUUCGACUUCGAGCAGCACCCGCUCACGGAAGACCAGAUGAAGCAGCUCAUCUUCAACGAAGCCCUGGAACUGAACCCAAACUUCCGAUACUAGAUCGAUGAUUCAUCCCUAGUUCCCUAUACCCCCCAUUACGUAGUAUGCUUUCGGUGUAAACAUGUCUGUAAAUAGGAGUACAAUCAUGGAGCCCGCGAGUAGGCUGAGCACUGCAUUUGUUUGUUUAUUUCCUGUGUAAGUUGUUUGCUGAUAUUUCAGACCAUUGUGCUCGACCGUGCCAAUAAUAAAAGGCUUAAAGUAUGAUUCGGGAGGACACUAAA